CGGCUCUGAAGCGAUAUUGGAUGGCUAGACCACAUUCAUGCUGCCAAGAUAUUCUGUUAACAAAUACGGAAUCGUAGAGCGGAAUGAUUGACCGCAGAUGCGGCUCUGCGUCUCCGGGUGAGGCGCUCUGGGCAGAAAGCCGCGAUGCCUCUCUUUGGGACGGGGGUGCUUGGCGUGGCGCAGGGGCAACAAGAUUGACGAUAAAGGCCUUGGCACCAGCUCCAUUGCCCCUUCCCACUAUCCGUACGGCCUUCCAUCAUCUUGUCAACUCGGAACCCGUAAUCGCUUUUGUCUGCGUUCUAAGGAUGCGCUGCAGCUACGCCGUCUCGGCUGCCUUCGUUGGGCUCUUUGUUCAAGGCUCUGUGCGUACACAGGGUAUCACGUUCCUACCUUCCAGCCGAGCGUCCUGCACGCCCGACAAUGCCACGCCGAUAGAGCAAUACAUCAGUAGCGGGCCUGGAGGAGGUGGUGGCGGCGGCGGUCCGGAUCCCGGCGUCUUCCUCUCCUACGACAUCUUCCAAAUCGUCAGCAAUGCCGUCAAGAAGCGAAUGACUCCCAACGCCCAGCUCGCCAACAUCGCCUACAUUGUGCGUCCCCGAGUGUCGCCCUCGCUCUCAUGUACAGCGACCGAGAUGUGCUUCUCAGUCUCCAAGGCACCCUUCUGCCUUGACAUCACGACGGGCGCCUUCCGCGACGGCGCCGGCACCACGGGCAACGCCCUUAGCGGCGACUACACGCUGUCUGACGGCCGGAAGGGCAACCUGUACAAUGGGUCAUACCCACUCCCGUCUGGUAUGGAGACAGCCGCCGCUGCGACAACACCGGCCGCGACAAAUGGAGGACUGACGGCCAACCCAGGGGCAAGCAGUGCGACAGCCAACCCAGGGGCAGGCAGUGCGACAGCCAACCCAGGGACCGGCACUACCCCAGCCGCACAAGGAGCGCCGACAGCAACUGGUGGAGGCCCUGCCCCCACAACAACCAACGGAGCGGUGAACGGGCUCAAGGCACAGGGUGGCGCGGCUGUUGUAGGCGUUGUCGCUCUCAUCGGCGCCGUCCUGCUCUGA